UACUAGAUGCACUAUUCAUAAACACAUAUACACACAAUUCUCUAUUCUCACCGAAGACCAGAACAAAGUCCACCUUCCAAUCCCGAACCGCGGAACCGCAACUCCGACGUCAUCGGCCCUGAUCCACUUUUCUUCGUGUUGGACCUUCCCUCCUCCCUAACUACUCCUACUGCCUUUCUCUUAGCAAUUCCCCGCGGGCGAACCCCGAUGCAGGCCUGGGACGUGGAGACGGGACACCGGUACUCCGUACAAUAGGUAUAAAACCCCCCAUCCCAGCUUGUCACUGUUGACUUCACCCGGCCUCACCUCUUACCCUCCAAACAAAAAACCCUCACCACCAAUCUACCUUGAACCUAUACCCAGACCCAAACCAAUCCAAAACCACCACAACCACCAAAAUGGAAGACCGACCCCUCACCCAAGUCAGCACCGACCCAAUAACCUUAACCGCCCACGAAACCUCCCCCGCCUUAAUCUUCAGCACCUUCACCGCCACGACCGCCUUCAACCUAGGCCUGGCCCUCCGGGACCGGAUCCUCAGCCUACCGGCCACCUCGCGCAAGCCGGCCCUCAUCAGCAUCACGCUGACCACGGCGCCGUUACCCUCCUCCUUCACCGACAACCAACCGGUCCCGCCGCACGUCGUCUUCCAGUGCGCCACGGAGCCCGGCACGAUCCCGGACAACGAGGUGUGGGUGCGCCGGAAGCGGAACACCGUGCUGCGCUGGGGGGUGAGCAGCACGGUUCAAUCGGCCAAGUUUUCUCGGAGCGAGAUCUUGCAUCGUGCCCUCAAUGCGAAGAUGUGUUUCGAUGAUGCCUUUCGGUUGGUGGGCGUGCAGCUCGAGUACGAGAAAGUCCGGUCCAGCCUGGCAGAAGAGCAGUUUGGAUUCGACUGCCAUUGUUGCACGUACGCCUUGCGAUGGAAUAAUGGGCUGGAUUAUUGAGGUAGUGCUGCACCAGAGGGACAUGAUGAAUCUCCACUGCCGGAUCUACACAGAAAUAGCACCGCAGUCCAGUUGUCAAGUGUAGCAGGUUAUGCCUGGAUGUGUAGCAAUCGAUAGGCACAAUAAAUC